AGUAAAAUUGGAGGGAAACGCUACAGACAAACGUUCUACAUGAUAUUCAUUCACAUUAAUUAUUGGUAGAUUUUUCAUAUUUAACAACGAAAAUUAUAGUGAAAAACUAAAAUUGUCUAAAAUAUCGACGGCUACUGGCUUUAGUUAUUUCAUAACAUCAACGACCGAGAGAGGGAGAGAGAAAAAGAGAGUAAUUUUUAGAACAGAUGAACUCGUCCACACAACCAACUUCAUGCGCAUUGAUGCAAAUGAAUUUAUCGAUCGGUUUCAAAAACUGAAAGGCAACAACAAAACUUACCUACAACACAACAAUUUUCGUUGUUUAUUCCUAAAUCAACAGUGAUAUUUAAACCUUUUAUAAAUCGAAAAAUAUUUUGUCAAACUAUUUAAAGCAGCGAAAGCUUAAAAUGGUUGAUUGUUUUACAUAGAAAACAUUUUGAGAGGCAUUAAAAACGAUUUUCUCUGUUGCAUUUUAAUAUUUAAUUAGCAUUGCACAAAGAAAACGGUGUGGCUUAGCAGCUGAACUGGAACAAUGACAACAGAAGAUUUGCGCCAAUUAGAGAGAUCGGUUCAAUGUGCCGGCAAUCAUUUGGAUUCGGUCCAAACGCGGCUCACACAAGUGGAGAAGACGUUGUUGUUUGACGAUGAUGUGGUGGACAGUGUUUCGGUGAUGGAAGUGCUUGAGUCGGUGACCGAAGUAAAGAACGAAUACCAAAAUUUGCACAAAGACAUCAAAGAGGUGAAGCAAUUACAGCACGAAAUGACCGCAUCAUUACAGUAUCAACUGCGAACGAUGAGGACAACAUUUAAAUUGCUAAAAAAACGCUUGGAACUACGAACUGAGCCGUUGCCUCCGUUAACAUCCAAGUCGGCCACACCAUCGCCACAGCAUCGCUGAUUGUGUGGUCGUGACACAUACAUGCGUUCGAAAAACGGUUCAAUUAUUUUAUACAACGAAACUAAGAACAAAAAUUCUCGAUUAAGGUCGUAUUACGAUUGAAUUCUAUUUCCUUUGCUAUUUCAACAAAACGCUCCUGCGACUUACUUUUAGACUAUUUUAGCUUUUUGUAUGUUUUAAGUUUGCAAUAGACUGUUAAGUGCCGUGUAGAAUCAAACGAGCCAACUGAUUUUGCUAACCUAAUUAGUUUACAGCUUGAACAUUCAUCCCAAAUGAACUUUCAUCGCCAGUUAAAGAUCUCGUUUGAUUCUAUUCCGGGCCGUUCUUAGAUUUUAGUAAUGAAAAUGUCCAACCGCAUCAUAAGCAAAACAAAAACCAAAUCAAUCUGGAAUGUGUACGAUGCACGCUUUGGUCAUUAUUGCUAUUUCUUUUCUCCUCGCCUGUUAUUCCAAACCAAAAAAUGUUUUACCUGCGAACAAAACCAAACUCAAACGCAAAAAAAAUAUAGUAAAACUCCGAAUAAAAUCGGUGGAAACUCGAUAAUAAUUAAGUGAGUGCGGAAUGACUGCAUGCCAAAUAUGUCUACCUCUAGAACAGAAAAAAAUCCAGCUGAUAUUUCUCAUUUCAUUUUUAAACAGCUGAUUUUUGAUCACACAUUCCAUUCUUCGAAAAUCAAAACAUUCACUGUGAUGUUAAAAAGUGAUUCACACAUACACCAACAACCACAUUGAAUUAACCAUUAGACGAGAGAAAUGAAAACCUGCCGAAAAUUCAUUCGAAACAGCAAUGAAGUCACUUCUUGUGAAUUUCAUUAUAAGAUAAUAUACAUAUAUCAUUGAAAUAUGCACAUUUUGUACCGUGAUGAUGAAAAUACACACAGCACUGACUCAUGUAAAACGUUCAUACUUGAACCAAGUGAUGCAUCACACAUUUUAAUAGGCUGAACAUUUUAUCUCCAAAUUAAAAUGUGUAUUCUAUUUUCAGUUUAAUUGUCACGUGUUCUGUUCCAAUUUUUUUGCCUUCAACAACUCAUCCCACAUUUUUUUCUAUUCGAAUUCAGUUCAAAAGAUCAUAUGACUCACUUGACUUUUUUUAACCACGAAAUAAUGCGGCAUAUAUUUCGACUAAAGAAAAUCACAAAUGAAGAAUGUACCGAACGAUUAAGGCAAACUCAUCACAUCAUCCUCUCAGAGAAAAAGAAAACUCGCAUAAAAUCGAGUAACGAAAAAAAACAUUCAUUGCAUUUGACCACGUAUGUUUUUCUCCUUACAAUUUUAGUUAAUUCGUGUGUACGUUGUGAACAAACGAUAUUAUUUGUAGAUCGAUUCGAUUGGGAGUGAUUUCAAAUCAAUAUUUUGAUUAAAAAAAAUAAUUGGACGAAUUUUGAGCUUUUGCAAUUGGUUGAAAUGUCUAAAUUAAUGUUGUAAGUAAAAAUUAAGUGAAAGAACGUUGAUUUCAAGUCACUCCCUCUCCUCAUAAAAACAAACUGAAAACAAUUACAAAAAUAAAACGAGAAAAAAACAUGUCUGAAACUAUGUAUCGGUAUUGUCCCUUUUAUUUCAGGGGAAUCCAAUACCAUAUGCCUUAUUUUCUUGAUUUUAAGUGUUUUAUUUUAAAAAAAAAAGAACAAAUAUUGUGACAUACUUCUUUUUUUUGGAAAAAAAAUGGUGUUUAUAUAGUAGAAAAUAGAAAAUUUUAUACGCAUUAUGGGUGACAUCAA